AUGCUUGUACUGCGACGUGUGGGAUCGCGAUGCAGCGCUCGAAAGGCCUCGAUCGACUCCCAAGCACUUUCAUCCGCACGGUUUCGAUCUACCACUUGCGUCUUGUCUUUCCACUCGCAUCAUUUGCAGCGAAAAGGCCUCGCAACGUUGUCCCCCACAGCUCUGCAAGGUCUGGAUGUCGAUAAACUUGACCUGCCUCCACUUCCGACGGCGGACGAAGUGGAAGCUACAAUUGAAGCUGCAGAAGCUCAAGCUCAACGGCAGCAGAUGGCGAAAAGGGUGCAGCACAUGCCGAUACGAGCUGUCCACAUUGCUCGGAAAAUGAACAUUGCCAACCUCUUUCGGAAGCUCUAUACGGAUAAAUUCAAGGUCACUCACUACUUGCAUAAGGACUCUAUUGUGCUUCGACUUAACGGUGGUAAGAACAACGGUCAUGACGAACUUGUCACGGGCGUAACACCACCUACGACCGUACAUGAUCCUUGCAGUAUUGACAAUAUUGACGCAGUAUCGACGCUGAGCAUCGGAUCUGGAGGCAAAACUGUCACGUCUCGACGUGGCACGGAUAAGUGGGUCGUUUAUUUUGACUAUGGAGCUGUCGUGUUUUUUAAUUGUGACCAAGCACUAGUGAACACGCUGAUAAAACACGCCACACGCUUCUGUAGCGACGUGUUUGAAAUGCGUGGACACGAAGAGGAGCUGCUGCUAGUUGGCGAUCCUGCACAGAAAAGAUGGAGCAGAUUGGUGGAGAAUAACGUGUUGGUGCGUGAGAUUGAUCAUAUCAACGUACACGUGAUUGCUGGAGUGCUCUCACAGACGGUGGCGCUCGAGUUUUACGAGCGCCAGUGUGAAACCAUUUUGCGUGAGUUUGAGAAGCUCAACACGGACGUGGAGAAGAAAGGUCCUCGGGGUGCUUUAUUUGGUCGUGAAAACGAACAGACGAGGAGUCUCUUCAAGAUUGUGGCGUCAAAUAACACACUGCUGAUCGAUCUGGUGAGUAAACUGCGUGUGAUUGAUCGAAAAAGGCCGGGUGACCCAGCGUGGAGUCAAGCGAGAUACCACAACAUGUGGGAAUCAUUGCUCGAAGAGUUUGAGCUGAACGAGCGCUUCCAGAAUCUUAAUUUCAAGCUCGAACUAAUCCAGCACAAUACCAAGUUCUUCUUGGAGGUGCUACACUCCCAUAAGGGCGAGCGACUUGAGUGGUACAUUAUCAUCCUCAUUUCCGUCGAGCUGGGUAUUGGUGUCUAUGAACUACUCCUGAAGCUGGCAUAA